UAGAUUAUUAUUCACAUACCCACAUCGUAGUUCACCCACCACCACUUUAGCGUGAAUGUGUGGCACGCGUACGAGAACAUAACCUCUCUUCGUAUGUUACUCUACGUUCCUUCGCUAUAAUCGAUUAUGAAAAGUCUCGUUUAUCUUAUGAUUUCAAAAAUCAAAUAAUUCCGUAAGAUUUCCGUUGUCAGAUAUGCCGCGAUCAGUUUUGUAGCAAUGCAGUUGUACUUAUGUGCCAAUGUUCGUAGACUACAUAACCUUAAUGUUUUCCCGAGCUUGUGACGUUAUAGCCAAGUAUACUACGAAUAAUAUCCGUAUCCACACAUCAAUCGACAAAAUCAUGAUCAUGUUGAGAACUUGUAAUUGUGUCUUACGUGCGCCAUCUCCCGACAUGUCAAAUGUGCACCGAACGUUUGUCAGAAGUUACCGUUCUUCGAAGGCGGAGAGGAUAAACAAAUUAAUGAAGGAAUAUAAAUCUGUGUUUGGCGAUUUGCUUGAAACGAAUAAAGAAAAGAAUACGAGGUUAAAAUUAGAAAGAAAAGGAAAGAUUCCUAAACAGAAACGAAACAACUCAGAUACGGAAUUUUCAUGGGUCAUGAAACAAUCUCGUAAUAGUGUAAAACGAAUCGUCGUAUCUGAAAAACAACAAAACAAACAUGAAGAUAAGAGUCGGACAGAUUGGACAAAAUCCCCGGAAAAUUUCAGCUCGGUGACGGUGGAAGAUAAAAGGCCGGCCAAUCGAAAUAUCGAAGAUACUUUUCAUUCAGAGUCCAGUCAUUCUACGCAGAAAAUAACGCCUGAGAUUACCGGCCAAAAAACACUCAUAGAGAAUAAUUCCCACGAUAGCAUAUCGUCUGAUUCAAAUGCGACUGAUAUUGAAAGUUCAGCUGCGAAGCGCGGUGUACUUGAAAAAUUUUUUGACAUUGUCGUAAAGAAUAUACAAUCUUUUUCGAUUAUGGGCAACAAAAGAGAACCAUCGGCAGAAUUGACGGAGGUGUUAUCGAUAUCCGCGAAAGAUGAUUUGAAAACGAUAAGAUUUCCCAGCGUGACAAAGAUUCUAAUGCACACCAUGUCACCGGAGUCGAAGCUGGCCUUGGAAGUGUGGAGGAGAAGAAUGAUAAUAAUACUUGGGCAAAAGGGAUUCGACAGGUAUCAGAGAGAGCUGUUGGAAGACGGAUCAUCUCUGCACGCGUGCAUAGCGCGCAGCUUGCUGGGGAAAGAAUACGAGGUCUCCUCCCGAAUUGAGCCGGUCUUCAAAAGCGUGCGGAGCGUCCUGGAAAACGUGAGCGAGGUGAAAGCGAUCGAGUCGCACGUAGCUCACACAAAACUACGUUACAAAGGCAUAGUUGACUGUGUAGCUUCCUACAGGGGCGAGAACUACGUGAUCGAUUGGAAGAAGUCGGACAAGAAGAAAUUGGACUUGAAAGCAACGUAUGACGCGCCCAUACAAGUCGCCGCGUAUAUCGGAGCUAUCAAUGCUUCGAAUUUAUAUCCAUUUGCGAUAAAGCGCGGGUUAGUCGUGAUUGCUUACACGUGUGGCGACCCAGCAACGGUGCACGAAGUGUGCGACGACACGCUGCAGAAGUACUGGAUGAUGUGGUUACAGCGUUUGCAGCAGUACCACGUCGAAACGGCGAGCAACGACGACAAUACGAGCAAUAAAACGCUAAUGUAACGGCGCGCCGCGUAUAUUCAUUAAAACUUCCUCACGCGGAGCCCCCCCCCCCCCCCC